AUGGUGAAGAACGUUCUUUUGCUCGGUUCCGGCUUUGUCGCGCAACCAGUCGUUGACACCCUAUCUGCCAAUGAAGAUAUAAAUGUUACUGUUGCCUGCAGGACUUUGCUCAAAGCACAGGAGUUAGCUGGGAGCUCGGGUUCUAACGCGAUUUCUCUGGAUGUUACAGACGAUGCUCAAUUGGAUGCAGCUUUAGAAAAGCACGAUAUUGUCAUUUCUUUGAUUCCAUACAUCUAUCAUCCAAACGUUGUGAAGAGCGCCAUCAGAUUGAAGAAAGAUGUGGUGACUUCCUCCUACAUUUCUGAUGCUUUAAGAGAGUUAGAGCCACAAAUCAAGGAGGCUGGAAUUACAGUCAUGAACGAGAUUGGGUUGGACCCAGGUAUCGAUCACUUGUAUGCCGUCAAGACCAUUGAUGAAGUGCAUAGAGCAGGAGGUAAGAUCAAGUCAUUCCUGUCCUACUGUGGUGGUCUUCCAGCGCCAGAGGACUCCGAUAAUCCUCUGGGUUACAAAUUCUCUUGGUCUUCUAGAGGUGUCUUGUUGGCACUGAGAAACUCGGCCAAAUACUGGAAAGAUGGCAAAAUUGAAACCGUUUCAUCUGAAGAGUUGAUGGCUUCUGCUAAACCUUACUUCAUCUACCCGGGCUACGCCUUCGUUUGCUAUCCAAACAGAGAUUCCACCUUGUUCAAGGAAUUGUACCACAUUCCGGAAGCUGAGACCGUUAUCAGAGGCACCCUUAGAUAUCAAGGAUUUCCGGAAUUUGUGAAGGUGCUUGUCGAUAUCGGUUUGUUGAGAGACGAAGAGAGCGAAAUCUUUAGUAAGCCAAUUCCAUGGAAUGAAGCUCUACAGAAAUGGUUAGGAAGCAAGUCGAAGUCCAAAGCCGAUUUGAUUGCAUCAAUCGACUUCAAGACUUCGUGGAAAUCUGAUGAAGAUAGAGAGAGAAUCUUGUCGGGUUUCUUGUGGCUAGGCUUCUUCUCUGACACUUUGAUUGUUCCAAAGGGGAAUGCUCUGGAUACUCUUUGUGGUAGACUAGAGGAGUUGAUGCAAUACGAGGAGGGCGAGCGCGAUAUGGUUGCUCUGCAACACAAGUUCGGUAUCGAAUGGGCCGACGGUACUACAGAAAUUAGAACAUCUACAUUGAUUGACUACGGUAAAGUUGGUGGAUACAGUUCCAUGGCUGCGACUGUCGGUCUCCCCGUCUCCAUUGCUACAAAGUUUAUCCUGGAGGGUAAGCUCAAGGGUCCCGGUUUAGUGGCCCCAUACUCCCCAGAGGUCAACGAUCCUAUCAUGAAGGAACUGAAGGACAAGUACGGCAUUUACCUAAAAGAGAAGACUAUUGGUUAA